UUCUAAGUAAUGGGUACCAUGUAGGCAAAAUGCCUGUACCAUUUAAUAAAGUAUAAGUGAGAUCUGAGGAAAGACAGCUUUCUUGGCGCAGCCUUUGGUCUUUCUCUGUGAGUCAUACACAGAGUGUGUGUGUGUAUUCUCUAAUGAGGCUACACUAUUUAAUGAUUAUUGAAUUGAUGCCUUAAAAUGUCAGAUGAUGCUUCAUUAAUAACUUUAUCUGGCUUUUUGUAUCAAGCUACGUUUGUAUUAGAUAAUAUUGUCAACAAGAUAUACGAUGCUAAUUAGCAGCAAUGGUUUACUUUUAGUCCAACAUAUCCUCCCACGGACUCCCACGUAUAGAAUAGGAAGAAAAGCUUAGUCACCGACUCCUCUGAUUGGCUUAAAGGGCUGGUCUGUCAUGUCAAUGCAGUGACCCACUGUGCUAAGGAAAUUCCCAGGAUAAAGCGGGAAUGGAUCUCACGCACAAACCGCGUUCACAUUGAUGUCGGUGGAAUAUAAAAAUAACAUCUAAAAAAUGACGCAAUAUGUUCUUGGAGUCCACCUGCAGAUUCUGCUGGCAGUGGGUCUGGCAGUCUUCUGCUUCUGCCUGGUGCUGGGCUGUCUACUGUGUUGGCGGAGAGGGAAGUAUCAUCCACCAGAGGACAAAGAGGCAGCAAUAUCCCCUUCCUCAGCCACUUGUGAACGGGUUACCGUGUCCCUGACCCCCUCCUCUGGCACCUUACCCAUCAAGCAGCAGUAUGAGGAGCUAGACGGGGAUGUCCUGGACCUCCCAUCCCCCAAUAGCAGCUCCUCCCCCUCUGAGGAUGACCUCACCGCCCUGCCCUUUGAACCUCGCCCCAGGUCGUCCUCCUCCCAGCUGAGGUCCUCCCCCAGGUCCUGCUUUCCCAUGCGUCGCCUCAGCACCCCGAGUGUGUCCUCCUCCUCCCACUACAAGCCUUCAGGCCAUGGCCGUGCCUCCCUGCCCUCUAUCUCCAAACUGGGCCUAGUCUCCAAGACCCGUCGGGCGCUGGAACGCCGCUGCACCGUGACCGGUGACAACUUCCUGUACAGCGAACAGAGCCGCCUGACCAACCCUGGCAAUGCCAUGCAGUCUCCUGGCAUUCAGGGGGAGCUGUCCCAGCCACAGUACGGCUCCAGCUCCCUAUCCAUCCCCACCAAGCCUGCUCCUCUCCUGCACUUCUCCCUGCUCUUCUCCCCGGCACGGGGCACUCUGACCACCAACAUCAUGGGCCUAUCCGGGGGGGCACGGCGGCGCAGUGGGGUGUUCGUACGAGCCAGCCUGCCCCCGCUCUGCCCCUCACCCCAGCAGGGGGCGUCUCGGCGGCUCAGCCUCAGCCCAGAGAUACAGUGCCAGAGCCUUGUGCUACAGGUGGGCUCUGUGGAGGAGCUCCGUGCCUGCACCCUCCGGCUGGCUGUGUUCAGCAGGGACUUCUCAGGCCUGAGAGAGACAGCGCUGGGGGAGCUGGAGAUGCCUUGUGGGGAGAUGGACUGGGAGCCAGACACAACUGUCCCCUACACCAGGGAGCUCACCCCCACCAGGAGUAGGCUGAAAAAGAGUAUGAGUUCCCAAGAGACGUUAGGUCGUAGGAAGAGUUCGGUCUGUGCUGCUCCACGGGCCCUGGGUCAGCUCUUCAUUCUGCUGCAGUACCAGACACUGGCCCACCGCAUCAAGGUGAUGGUCCGCAAGGCUGAGAACCUGGCCAAACUCUCCCGGAUGCCAGGAGCAGCAGAUCACUACGUAGUCAUCAACCUCCGUCAGGAUGGGAAGGUGAUCAGUACGAAGGAGACCAAAGGGGCGGGGGGACACAACGCUGUGUGGAACGCUCCCUUUCUCUUUGACCUGCCUGUUGGUGACAUCACUCAGCUGCCUCUUGCUCUGGAGUUCAUCAUCAUGCAGGGGCGGCUCUACACGAAGAGCAGCAUGCUGGGCCGUGUGUUGAUUGGCUGCGAGGCCCCGGAGGCAGGACAGGGACACUGGAGGGACAUGUGCAGGCAGGGACAGGUGGAGACAGCGCACUGGCACCCCAUCACACCAGCAGUCUUUUAGGACUUUAUAGCUGACCUCUACCUGUGUCAGGAGGGUCAGGACGUUGCUGGAGAGAGGACAGGUGAUAGAGGGCUUGCCAGACUAAUGGGACACGCACAAAGGACGAACAGCAAAUGGACUAUCAGUGGUGGCACCUGUAAACAUAUUGUGAUGUCAUUGCAUUUAGACCUGUAGUACCUGAUACUUACUGUUCCACACUGACCUAACAGUGAGAUACAGGCCACAGGACUGACUGCCACUACUGCUGUAUGAUACCAGUUGCAUGCAUUUGUGUUAUGUGUUGGUGCUGUUUGUAUCAUAGAGGACAAUCUGUCAGUCCCACACAUCUUUAAAGCUGGAAUCCUUAAUUGAAACAACAGCAAAGCGGACACCCCACCUGUGUUUUGGUAAAAGGCUGAGGGAUGAGCCUGGAGAAAGACAACCGCUCUCAAAUUCAUAGUCACGACUUAACAUCCAUGAUAUCAAAAUGAUAGUUUUAACCAUGUUUUGAGGCUAUACAGUGUUUGUUUACAUUUACAUUGUUUACAAACACUGGAGUAAAAUAAGCUUGUAUUUUGGGUUCUGAUGGAGUAGGACAGUUUAACUAAGCUCAUGAGGCAUUACCAAGUUAGAUUUUUCAAGAAUCAAUGGGUAUAUACUGUAUCAUUAAUUUAUACGUCCAAAAAUGGGUGUAGCAACUAAGGAUUCCAGCUUUAAAGACCAUUGUCUGAAUUUGCUCUACUGUCAAUGAUUCUUAAGUCAUGGCCAAAACACUUCUAGUUGUGGUUUACUGUGACGUUCUGUGUCAGUAUUUGUCCCCAGCAUUGAUCUCUGUUUGCUUUGUUUGUGUUGUGGUACUUGUGGUCUGAGCUACUUGCAUGAUUGGGAUCUUUGCCAGACAUUAGCGUGAUUGAAAAAGUGAUAUUGACCGUCAUGCGCUGUACUCUGUCAUGGACUACUCAUCCACCAUCCACUGUGGCAGGAUGAUAACAGACAUAUGUGCAGUACUUGUAUAGGUGUUGGCCUGAAUCAUUACAUACCAUAUAUCUUUACCUGGACAUAAUCAAGCCUGUACCAGAGAAGCCCUCCAAACACCUUCAUGAAGACAGGAGUCUGAAAAGCCAUUUGCGUACAUCAAUCAGCCAUCAAUUGAUUACUGUAACUGUGUAGGCAUGCUUUUUAAGGGACUUAUACUUGACACAUUCUGUCAUGGGACUUUCAAUUCUUUUAAUCAGCAUUGACAAAUGAAAUGGCUGUCUUGUCUUGCUAAAACUGCAUAUUUAUGCUUUUUAACAGAGAAAGCUCUCACAGUUGACAUGUGUCUCUGAAUGAAAGUGAUGUGAUGAAGAUACCAUAGGUUCUGUCAUAUUUAUAGAUAGUAUAUGUCCCAUGCACUAGAAUAUUACAUGUACCUAACAUUAUUACAAAAAAAUACCACAGUUGACUAGUGGAGUAAAAUGCCUGAUAUGGAAAGACUUGUAGAACUCAAUCUUCAGUCGUUGCCAUUGUUUCUUAUGUAUUUCUGAUGGCAUGCCCUUUUGAUGGUUAUAAAUAUCCAUAUGUAACA